AUGCUACAGUUACAGCAGCAGCCCGGCCAAUCACAAGCCCAAAUCAACCUCAACCAUCAGAUGGCCUAUCAGAGCUUGCAGAACCAGCAGCUAAUGCAGUUGCUGAUGUCCCAAAAGCCCGAACAACUGCACGCGAUGGCAAUGCAACAACUUGGCGUUCAGCUUCAACCACCACCAGGCCAUCCCGGCGCUGGACCCUAUCCAUUUUCGAAG